UGAACGAUCCCCACAGGAGAAUUGCCGCGGCGAAGUCAGCUAGUUCACCGGCGACAACCACACCUGCACCGGGGCCUAUUCACCGGCCGAGAGAAGAAAAAAAUCUUGUCGGUGAGAGAGCACCCCCCGCUAAUUGGCACUCUAAACUCAAUCACAAUAUUAAUUGUGCCCUAUUCGGGGAGGGUGCGAAUCUGACACCUUUGGUGGAUUACGGAGGGGAUACUUCUGAGUACGAUCCCGCGUCAAAGGGGAUUGGCCAGCGGAAAGAAGUCCACGUAUCAUUGGCUGAUUUGCGUUUCGCCCGAGUAGGAACCAGCCACCUGGAAUACGUCAAUCAACGGCAGUUGACAGGGGAGAGACGGGCCAGCGGACUGCUCAAUGUGUCCGACCGUAUAACGUAGCGUCCAACAACCGCACAAGAAAGCCCUAACUAACGCGUCUGAUAAUAUACGAGUGGCUAUAAAGAGGGAAAAAAGAAGGUUCAUAACAUUGGUUGGGAUCUCAAAGCGAGUCAGUUUGUCUAGUUACCUGCCUGCGCGUGGAGCUGGAGCAUAAUACGACUGGGCGUUGGUGAGAGCAGUUGCAUCUCCGAGGGAGGCCUGCGAAAUCCUACAACUACCUGUGACAGAACUUUCGACUCCGUGCGCACACCUGUAUUUGCCAAGCCGUACACACUGAUCAGUAAGCUUUGUAUCACUUGCUGUAGGCUAUCAGUAUUGCGAGGCAUAGUUCUUCGAGUUGUCCACCAACGACACAAGAUGCUAUUCCAUCCUCGGUCCAUCAUCCUCCUUGUGAUAACUGUCUGUCACCUUACGGUAUCGCUCCCACAUGCGAUAGCUAAGGCCGUGCCCCGGUCGGGCGAGCUGGUGAGCGCAACGCACCCGUCGAGGCAGCGAGACCGCCCCUCCCCGCCGUCCAACCUCCCCGAUGCGGUCCUGACCGGCUCGACAUCCGCCAGCACCGGCCACGAGUCGAACGUCAUCAUGACGCAGCAGAAGGAGCAAGUGCUGGGCGAACUCUUCCGCGCCUUCGGCUUGGAGAACAAUACCUUGGAGCAGCCGGCACGUCGCCCAGAACCCCCACCCUUCAUGCUGAAUCUGUAUAACUCCGUCGCCGACCCCACCUCCGGGAAACUGAGGAUGCCCCGACCCUUCAACGCCAACACGGUUCGGUCCUUACCGGAUAAAGCCAACAAGCACCGACUCCAUUUUCAGUUCAACCUGAGCCACGUGCCUCCGACGGAGAUGCUCUUGCAGGCCGAACUCCAUCUCUUCCGGCUCAAGCCCAAGAUACGACCCACCGUCUCGGCGUCUGGAAAACGGCAACCCUUCUACCAGAUCCAACUCUAUCAGCUUGCCAAUGACGAUCUCACGUCGCUAGAGGGCGCUAAACUCAUUGGACUGCGUUUGGUGGGAAGCGUGGGGACUGAAUGGGAAGUCUUCAGUAUUACAGAGGCCGCUUCAAGGUGGCUCGCCGACGAGAGCUCAAAUCACGGCGUGCUGGUAACGAUCACGUCACUCACCGGAGAGCCUAUGGACGAGAACUUCAUCCGGUUUGCCCAACAGGGCAAGCACCACCCGAGCAAGCACCCGUUCCUCGUGUUGUACACCAGCGACCUGCGGCAGGCAGACAAUUCCCAAUCGGGGCAAGGAGCUGCUGGAAGUGCAUAUGAGAAUUUCUUCGAGACCUACGGAAACCUCAACUCGGCUCCAUUCACCGACUCCACGCAAGCCGGCCCCACACCCAACGUGCACACCAACCGCUACGCCCCCGACAAAGUAUCGGCCACGAAACAAACGCGGACGGGGUCUGCCACGUCCAGAAACCGGCGGGACAACCGGCAGGAUUUGGUGCCGACGGAAGACCCAGUCACGGACAGUGGUGGUAACAGCGGCGGUGGCAACAGCAAGAGGGACCACCGGCUCAAGGGUACGUGUGCCCGAAAGUCCAUGUACGUGGAUUUUCACGAGAUCGGGUGGUCUGACUGGAUCAUCUACCCGGAGGGCUACAAUGCGUUCGAGUGCACCGGCCGCUGCCCCUUCCCGCUGAGCCAGACGGUCCAGCCGUCCAAUCACGCCACGGUACAGAGCCUCAUGCAUCUCAUCUCGGCCGACGUGGCAGCGCCUUGUUGCGUGCCCAGCCAACUCGACCCCAUCGUCGUCCUGUUCUUUGACAGCGACGGCAACGUGGUGCUCAAGCAGUUUGACAACAUGGUGGCAACCGCUUGUGGCUGCCGUUGAAAACAAGUAUUUAAAACAAAAAUUGAAGGGGUUCACUGGUCAUAUACAUUUAUAUAAAAAGGGAAGAAAAUUCUGAUAUUGAACAACUAGAAACAGUUGUUCAAAUUGCUCUGAAAGGAAAGAACAGACCAAGUGUUUUUCGAGCCUGUAUAACUUAUCUCCAACUGUUCAUUCAGUGCUCAAACUACAAUCUUACAGUGCUCAACCUCUCACUUAAGUCUUUAUGUGGACAAAAUGCUAUGAUAUAGAAUCUAAUUAUUAGUACGUAAACAGUGCAAGUGGUUAAAUUUGCAUGUCUUUAGUGUACAUACAAGGUAUCCUCAAUGUUCCCCAUAUUUUAGGGUUUCAAAUCCAAUGUGGUCGUCCGGUCAUGAAAUUUUCAUCGUCUAAAAUCUGCGAUGCGUACUCACGUUUGUUCAUCUGAUUGUCCACCUGUUUGUUUAUUAAAAGGGCAGUACAUUAUUUCUCUCGGUGCCAAAUGAACGCUCCCGAUACACCACAGACCAUUUCCCAACUCAUGCUUUGACUCUACGAGUUUUUAACAGCAAAUAGUUCAACAGCUAAGUAAUAAAUGGCCAAUUUCUUAACACGCUGCAAAGAAACAGCCAUCGUCUGCGUGUAGUAUAAACAAAACCAGGAUUCCUUUCUUCAUAUCAGCGGUAAAAAUUAUUUUCUUACCUUCCCUUAUUAUAAUUUUAUUCUGUUUAAAAAAAUGUUAUUUUUGAUUUAUGAAUAAUGAAAUGUGCACCCAGCUUUGUAUUCAAAACAAAUCCGUAAGAUAACGUGCAGAAAUUUUUCAAAGUUUCUGAGGGAAGACGCAAACUGCAGGCUCCUCGUCACGAGCACCAUUCAUACACUGCAACCAAGUCUUUAAUUGGCUCUCUUGGAUAGGCAGCGAGUUGCAAAACAAACCCCGAGCUGGACAAAGAGAGGGUGCAAGUUUCCUACCAACAGAGGCUCCUUUGGUAGGAACUGCAUUUGGUUGGUUUACAAACGACUAAGAAACGCACACGUUACGGUCACGUCGCUACCAACUGAAUACUCCCAACCAACAUGGCUCUUAUUAACCAAUGAGGGCGUGCUCUGCGGAUACCUGUGUAUCUCCUUCACGAAGUCCAGAGCUGAGCAAUAUAAACCUGAACUGACAACAGACAGUACACUUAAAUUUCUGCUCAACCCACGUACCUUCGAGUAUUAGACCUUAUUUCUUAGACAUAAGGGACUAUAGUUUAUCGAAUGUAAAUAUUAAAUAAAAACUUCUUUAUACAUUAGCGUUGUUUUUAUGUUUGCCAAUAAAGUUGAAUGUUGUGUUCAAUAUUUAGAAGUUGA